CCUUUCUCUCCUUGUCUCUCGCGUGUAACGUUGUUGUCCAUCUUUGUUCGACUCACGCCAACGUCAGGUCAGUAACGAUACGGCAUUUCACCGAAUGUUCAGUGUUAUACUGACUACGCGUUGGAGUAGACGUUUGUGCAUAUAGUGAGUGAGAUUUUGUGAAAAUGUUGUCCAGUUCUAUACUGGGUAUCCUUCUGGGGACAUUCUUACUUAUUACUUCGGUUCCCGAUGCAGCCUCAUACACUAAGUAUGGAAGGACAUGCAAGGACAUCGGUUGCAGGAGGGAUGAGGUCUGCGUGAUGGCCGAGGAUCCUUGUUCAAUUUACCAACGAGAUAACUGCGGUCGUUAUCCGACUUGUGCAAAAGCUCAUCCAGGCGGUGCUAGUUGCGCAAGCACUAUAUGCGGGGAAAAUGAAUACUGCAAAACCGAAAAUGAUGCACCGACGUGCGUGAAAAAAUCAACGGCAGUUGGAUACGAUUCAGCGGGCGUUUCUUACGUAAACGGACAGCGAACCAACAACGACGAGAAUCACGAUAAGACCAGCAACAGCGCUAGCAAUUCGAACCCAUACGCGAAUGCUAAUGCACCCCCGGCUCCUGCUGAUCCAGCAGGAGGAUACCAUCAAGUGAAUUCUGGCAGCAAUUUGGGUUAUCCAGCAUAUCCCAGUAACAGCGCUUCUAACAGCGGUUCUAACAGCGGAUAUCCGCCUUAUCCCUCAUCGAACCAAGGAAAUCGGCAACAAGAUUUAGGAUAUCCGCCGUAUCCAACGCACAACAGAAUGCCAGUGCCUGGACAAGCCUAUCCCGCUAGACAACCUGGUCAAUCCAAUUAUCCUAUUUAUCCAGGACAACCUGCUUAUCCAGCGCCGCCAGGAUAUCCUCAACAAUAUCCUGGAUAUCAGAAUUAUCCUUAUGCGAAUUAUCCUAAUGCGAAUUAUCCCAAUGCGAAUUAUCCUAAUCAGAAUCGUAUGUACCACAAUAAUGUGCAUUCUGGUUAUCGAAGAAAUAACGCCAUCAUGCAGUCUCCAUCCUUAAUGAUUAUCUAUUCAGCAAGUCUUAUCAUGGUAUUGGUGAAUAGAUUGUAUCCAACACCAAGACCAGGAAAGAUUAGACCAACUCCACCUACUCCACCACCGAGAUCUUCUCCCAGUGGAUACGGUGGAAGAGUCAGCGGUAACUCGGGAUCCAGAAACACUAUUGGAAGUGGUUCUAUUUUUAACCGUUUGUUCGGGAAUGAUCGUUAUGGUGUAACUACUCCUAGGAGCCGUACUCAGCAAAGUGGUAACGGCUAUUACGAUACCCAUACCUCUGUGGAUGAUCAGGGAAACCGAAUUUGGAGAUUCUUUGGUUUUGCUCGGGCAUUGAUAGCGAUAUUGACUGUGUCAGCAAGGCUGCUUGUGCAACACAAAAAGUUCGAUAGUGACAACAAGAUAGUCAGAAGACGAGAAAGCGCCAGCGACGCGGACUCUUCUGCGUCUGACGUUCAGUCGACAAAGGGAUCGCAAUCGGGAUAUCCAUCUGGAAGCGGAUAUCCUAGCUCUGAUUCUUCCAAAAAUUCCAAUUCAUUCUCCGCAAGUCAACCAAACUCCGAAAGCCCAACCAGAUCGUCCGGUUAUCCAAGUAACUCUGGUUAUCCUUCGAACUCCAAUUAUCCAUCCAGUGGUUCGUCAGGUUAUCCUUAUAGCUCUGUAGGUUAUCCUUCAAGAAGUUCGGGAUACCCAUCUGAAUCAGGAAGCUCAUCCGGUUAUCCAUCGAGAAGCAGUUCUGGUUAUCCCUCUGAAUCUGGAUAUCCUUCAAGAAGCUCAUCUGGUUAUCCAUCAGGAUCCGGAUAUCCUUCGAGAAGCUCUUCCGGUUACCCUUCGGAGUCUGGUUACCCUUCGAGAAGUUCUUCGGGAUACCCAUCAGGAUCUGGUUACCCAUCGCGUAGUUCGGACUAUCCAUCAGGAUCGAGCGGUUAUCCUUCCAGUUCCGGAGGAUAUCCAGCGAGCUCCGGUUACCCUGGCAGCUCCAGGACGAACGAAGAAAGUGUUAAAAGGGUAAAUGCCAAUUCGGUGAAUGCCGCGUAUCCUGGAUAUCCUAGUCAGGCUAGUCGAAGCAAUUCUGGAUAUCCUUCACAGUCAGGAUAUCCUUCACAAUCUGGAUAUCCAUCACAGUCUGGAUAUCCUAGCCAGUCUAACCCAUAUGGUAACUACUAUCCUGGAUAUAAUCAAGGUUACCCACAGGCAUAUCCACCCCAAGGAAACUAUCCUCAAGGGUACCCACAAGGAUAUCAGCAAGGUUAUCCACAAGGAUAUCCGCAAGGAUAUCAGCCUCCUCCUCCACCUGCCAGUAAAAAGCCUAACUUUGGAGACCAGUUAACUAAUAUAGCUAAAGAUCUUGCUGGGAGAGUUUUAACUCAAGCGAUUAUAGAUAAAGUUAGUGGAAGAUCGCAUUAGAGUUAUAGAAGAUCUUAUAUAUUUUUAAGAUAUUAUUAUAUAUACGAUUAAUUAUGCUUUCUUCAAGAUAAUCACUGCUUAUAGCGAUAUUACUCUAUGUUAAAUAGAAUUACUAACGAAUUGUAGAAAUAAAUUCUUCAGUAAGAAGAUUUACUGAUUA